AUUCACCUUCACCAGUCUAAUUAGUAAUGUCCGAAGAUAAACGAUCUUCAGCCUUCAAUCUGACAUUAACCGGCUAAUCUCAACAGUGUCUCGACAUUUAUUUGGGUUCCGUACAGCAUGGUACAGCCAGUACAGCCCGUACAGCUAUCAAAUCUAUCAAAAGAAUAUUUUAUGGAAAAUACUCAAUAUGUAUUUUGACUUUUAACGUUUGACAGAUAUGGUUGUUUAUGGAUUUCAGUCUUAAUCAAAUUAUAAAAUCCAAAACAUGUAAAAUGGCUUCCGCUAGAAUAUAUUUUAUGUUCUUUAAAUAUAAAUAAUAAAAAAGUGCUAUGUUUUUUGACACGAACUUAAGUGUUGGUGCUGUUAAUUUAUUAUUGCCAGUUUUCGGACAAUGAGACAUCUUGAAAAGCACCUCAACAUGGACUCACACGACUUCCAAGAAAACUCAGAGGGAACAAAUAACUUGGAUGAACUUCCAGAUAUCAAAUUAGAAGAGAUGAAAAUAGAGUUCCCCAAGUUUAUACUAGACGACAAUCUCAUGAAAACUGACUUUUUAAGUGACGAAGAUAGUUCAAGCGAAGCUCAUCUAACGUUCGAUCUUCAUCAUGACAGCGACAGCUCAGAAGAGUUAGACUCUUUGACCAAAUGUGUGAGGAAGAAUCGGAGGAAGGCAGCUGCUCCCCAGAGGGCCGUCCAGAUUGAAACUAGUCAGUCGGGGUCUAUGGAAAACAGUUCUGAAUCGUCGCAAGAUAAUACUGAUACAUUGACAUUUACUAACAUUCAGAACUUGAGUUUAAAACUGAAGGUUGAUUCUUUGCUGGAUUUUGGGGAGGCAGACGAAUUGUGCGAAGAUCUAUUGCAGAAUAUUAAUGAGGAUGAUAUUUUUAAAGAUCUGCAGGAUGAGGCAGACGGAGAAGCAAUUGAUGAUGAGAUGAUCGUGAACGUCAAAGAAGAGUGGAGAGCACAUUGGGGUGUCAAAUGCAAUAUGUGUGAACAGGUCUUCCCCUUCAAAACAGAGUUCGAUAAACAUUAUAUUAGUAAUUAUAAUCUAAUUCCUGUGUAUACGUGUACGUUUUGCAACAAAUCUGCUGAGAAAUACUCUACGUUUCGCUCACAUUGUUAUAGACACAUAACUGAAGGCCGCUAUAAAUGCCAAUAUUGCCCAAAAGGAUUUAGCCUACAAAGUAUGUUACAUGUGCACAUAUUAGCGAAGCAUACCAAAGUCAAACCAUACAAUUGCGAAGAAUGCGGUAAGACAUUUGUUACUAAACCAGGGUUGAAGAUACACCUCAAGAAACACAAGACUGAAACGAAGGAGGAUUAUCCUUGUGUGGAAUGUGGAAAAGUAUUACACACCAGAGGGGGUUUAACAUCGCAUAUGAACGUCCACAGACUCGGUAGACGAUUUAUGUGUGAUGUCUGCGGAAAAACUUUUACACAAAAAGUCAAUAUGCAGCAACACGUAAAGCAACACACAGGAGAUAAACCUCAUAUUUGUAAUAAAUGCGGAAAAACAUUUGCUGAAAAAUCUCAUUUGGUUCGCCACUACAGCUUCCACAGCGAGGUCAGACCGUUCAAAUGUGAAGUUUGCCAAAAAAUGUAUAAGACUGAGAGGUGUUUGAAGGUGCACAGCCUAGUCCAUGCGGCAGCUAGACCCUUUGUAUGUGGAUAUUGCAACAAGGGAUUUUUGAGUAGCACAAAAUUGAAGCAACAUUAUAACAUACACACCGGAGAACGCCCGUAUAAAUGCAAGUACUGCGAACGCACUUUUACGAAUUAUCCUAAUUGGUUAAAACAUACGAGAAGAAGGCACAAAGUUGACCACAAGACUGGACAGGAAUUGCAGCCUAAGGACGAACCGCCGUCGACACCUUCGACGCCUACGACACUGCCUGCAACGCCUACUACGUCAGUAUCACCUCCUAUCGUAAAUCCUUCAGCAACCACCGUCUUGUCUUCUACUAGUCCACAGAUUAUAUCCAUUGGCAAUACAUUGGACACAUCUGCUGAUAUCGUUCCUGUGCUGUCAGAUGUCAAUUUCACGAAAGCAGAGGAAUUGCUGUUGCAGAAUGGCCUAUUCAACUUUCCGCUACUAGAUGAUAAGAUUUUGUUUAGUCAACAAAUGGACUUUCUCACUGCAAAUACGAGCAAUUCUGUGGGUCUUCUAGUUCCAUACUUCCAGGCGCCGUUGCCAAGCCAUCAGACAAUACUACAACACACAGCUCAGACGAUCUUGCCCGUCCAGUUGAACGAUCCAAGCAUUUUUCAGUAGCUAAUUAGAUUGUAGAUUUUUCUCGAAUUUGUAAAAAAAUCAGUAUUAGUGUAAGAUAUGGCGGUACUUUAUUGAAGUAUACUGCAGUAUUGUUACAUCCAGUUUUAGCUUUUAUAGCUAUCUAGACUGGUUGGCAUCUAUUUGCACUUGGCGUACCUCAAUUACUUACUUGGUUAGGUACAGUGUGGUUAUUCCUGAUUAUUGGCGGAUAUAACUUCUAACACCUGUUAACAUUUGAACAUAUCUAUUACAUAAUGUACGAUGAUAAAUAACUUUAUAUGUCUAGUGAAAUAUCAAAAAAAAUUUCGCAUAUUGGGAAGUGGAACCAAAUUUAUUGUCUUAAAUGUUUUAAACAUGAGAAGGAUAUUGGACAACUCGCUGUAAUCUCAGGUUCGAAUUGUUUUCUAAUGCACUGUGUCGGUUUCUUCUCGAUCGACGAUAAUAAGUAAAUGUUUAAAGUCGUGGAGUAAAAAAUAUGGUUUUAUUGACAGCUACUGAUUAUUACACUAUAGUUGUUGGUUAGGUAACAUUAUAUGAUAGACUGCGCUCAAAAGAGCUCAAAUCCCCAAUUUAUAAUUUUACAAAUAAUGUAUUCAUCAGCACCAAAGAAUACUCCUUCCAACAAGAAGCGAAAGUAUCGACUAUUUCACGAUCCAAAUUUCUUUGCGCAUGUACGAUCCGCCAUGUUCCAUGUAUUAUUUCUAAUUUCUCAACCUAACCCCUAACAACAACUGUUUGUUGAAACCAGUGAUGUGGGCUCCCAUAUCACUGGUUGAAACUAACAAAUAAUGUGAAUAUAUUUGUAAAAUUAUUGUGUUGUUUAGUCUUUUCUAAUUGUAGAAAAAAAAAUAAUACUAUUAAACAUAUCUAUUGUUAAAAUAAGCUCUCAUUGUGAUGGCUUCACGCAAAUGUGGAUUUUCUUGUGUGGUUCGUACUGGGAUACCCCACUAGAUCGUGAACAAAUAAUUCUCUUUUCAGUACCGAGAAAUCGUAGCGUAGCAGGUUAAUAAACGGGGUAAACGAUCGUAGGGCAAUGAGAGAAGUUCCUUUUAAAUAUUUAUGUGAUUAAUUUUCAAACAUUUAGAUGAUUCCAUAUACGUACUUAUCUAUUAAAAUUAUUCAUUCCCAGAUGUUAAAUAAAGAAUAAAAACAAUUUAAACAUAGCUAUUUAGUGUUUUAUUUAAUUUGCAAUAGUAUUAUUUUAUUUCCAGUAAACAAACAUUUGCUUAUUUUUUUGUUCAGAUCAAUAAGUAUUUGUCUUAGCACCCUAUUCAAAAUAUCUUUUCGUUAUCGUACAUUUGAAAUCUAACAAAAUUUACUGUACGGUUCUAGAAAUAAAAGUCAUUUUGAAUUUAUGCAAGGCAGGUCAGCUGAGGAAAAAACUUAUGAGUGGAAGAGAAAGACUUGCACAUACUGUUUAUUAAUCUUGAGAAGGUAUAUAGCAAAGUUACGAGAAACCUAUUGGUACUAAGUAGGAAAGGAGUGCAGGCUGAAUAUGUGAGAGUGGUACAAGAGAUGUAUCAGACGGUAACAACAAUUAGAGAGAGCGAAUGCAGCUGAAACUGGAAAAUUUUGUGUGAAAUCAGAGCUUCAUUAGGGUUAGGUUAAGUUCCGUAUUAAACCCGUAAUUAUCAAUAACUAGAACUAGCCAAUAACUAGAAAAGAUAAUGUUAGGAAUGAAUAUAUACGAAAAAUUGGGUGUGGAUCCUAUUGGAAACAAAAUCCUAUUGGAAAAGAAACAGGUUAAGGUGGCUAGAUGCUAGAUCUGAUGUGUUCUUUCUUUUAUAUAGGCAGUACUGCCUGUUUUUCUUCAACGGUGUAUUUCAUUCUGUCCCUAAAUUGUCAUUCCAGCUUUUCCUUGGGCAUACCAUACAUACUUAUUCUGCCUAACAGUGACUUGUCCCUGGCUAUUCUUAGUAUCCUUGAUUCAAAAUCCUUCUUAUAUGUUGAUUCCACUCUUCUUUUCUGUUCUUUACCCAGGUAUUUAUAUUGUCUACCCCACAUAUGCGUCUGAUUUCCUCACUUCUUACCCUGUCCUGUAGUCCUUUUCCAGCAAUCCUUCUUAAGAUCUUCAUUUCGUGGGUCUCCAGAUGUUUCUGUGUUUUGCUUGUAUCUGGUAUUGUUUCGGCCGUAUCAGUCAUAACUGGCCUAAUAACUGACUUAUAUAUUCGGGCCUUUGCACUCUUACGUGUUUGUUUUUCCAAAUUGUGUCGUUUAGGCAUCCGGCCGUUCUAUUGGCUUUAAUUAUUUGUUAUUUUACCACUUCUUCGAUAUCGUUGGCAGCUGAUAGAUUAAUUCCCAGGUAUUAGAUGCUAGAUGUGAUGGGAUAAUUGUUAUAUAUCCAGGCGAAUUGAAUUUGGUACAGUACAACCAGAGUUUCCAGAAACCUCAGAUGUGCAGAAAGAAAUCGAAGGUGAAUAAAAUCAUUCUAACCUCAGCCGCAAAGUUUCAUCAUGCAGCGAGAAUAUGGUGGUGUUGAAGGUCAAUUAUUGACAUUCAAAGAAAUUUCUCAAAAGGAAACAAAAAAGUAAUCAACCUAAGACAAAGUAAAUAGAAAAUUUGAAAGUAUAAUUCUGUACUAAGUAAAAAGGUCUUGGGUCAAAAAUAUCUAUUUUGACAAGUUUUUUAGUACGAAAAAAAAGUAAUAGAAAUCGAUAAAAAUUUUCAUCUCUAUUUUGAAAUUAACUAUUAAAUUCAACUACAGACGGAAAAAUGAAAGAUUACCCAUGAACGAUCAUAUCAAUCACGUAUUUUGUAUUUGCUGUCUUUUUCUAUAAAUAACAAACGUUUGUUAUAGAAAAAGACAGCAAAUACAAAAUUAGUGAUUGAUAUGAUCGGUCAUAGGUAAUCUUCCAUUUCUCCGACUGUAAGAUCCAUCACGUUUAAAUAGUUUAAAAAACUUUCGAUAUUUUUCUGACAUAGUCAAAAUCGAUAUUUUUAACUUAAAACCUUUUUACUUAUCAGUACAAAAUUGAUAUAUGAGUUAUAUUAAAUUUUACAGAAAAAAAUACAAUUCGUAUUAAAUAGAUCAACUUAAAAACACUAUAGCUUUAAUUAUUACUUUGUUUCUCAGUGUAACUCAAAUUUCCUACUGUUUUGAACUAAUUCCUCAUUACUUUUCUUAGUGUAGUGUGAAGUAUUACCCCUACCAUUCUCCGACCGAUAUUUCUGUCCCCUGAACAUCAAAGGAGCCGACAGGUGCUUUCGCUUCUUAUUGGAUGGAGUAUUCUUUGAUCAGCACAGAGGUUAAUGCAUCUAUCAUACUAACAAACUUUGAACUUUUAGCUUACAUUACAAUUUAAUCGAGGACAUGAUUGCAACACAUAGGAAAUUCACAUAGAAAAUAUUCGCGGUGUGCAAGUACUUGGAAAGGGAAACGAGAAACGACCGUGCGCGAGUCGCGGAGAAAUAUUGCAACUAUCUUAAAUAAUUCAUAUUGUCAAUUGAAAUUGUCAAAUUGACGUAUAUUUCAUACCUUCUGUCAUUGAGGCAGAAAAAUUAUAUAUUGCUCCACAAUAUUGAUAUGAUAUACAAUUAUUAUAUAAAGGUAAAUUUAAUUAAUUGUAUUUUGCUUGCAGUACUGCAUUUUAAUAACUGAUUUUAUUUACUACAUACAAUUGUUUACGUUUGCUAAACAUAACCUGCAUCUUAUUUUUUCUUCUUAUUAUUUUUUUGGAUUAUGGUCUUGACAAUUAUCCAGCAACCAGGACUAAUAUAAUUGGCCAAUAUAAUUAAAAGUGCGAAUAAAAGUACAGAGCGUAGAAAUAGAGGUCGCUUUGCCGAACUUGCACGGUCCCAAUAUUAUUUGGCAAUUUAUUAAGUUUGCAGAUUUGCAGGUUGAAUGGACUCUAAUUAUUAAAAUAUUACUCGAUAUGUUUCAAUAUGUUGCAAUUAUACACGGUGAAACUUUAAUAAUUAAGGAAGGGAAGAAUAAUGUGAGAUUACAAAUUAAGGGAUUAAUUCCAUUUUUAUUCAGUUGCAAUGCGAAGGCAAAACAAUCUUAUUUUUCACUUAAAAUACGGAGAGCAGUCCAGCCCUCUGAAUCGACGAUUUUUGACUCUUAUUGGAGUCUCAUCGGAGAGAACGUAAGCCUGCUUCUCCAUACUUUAAGUGAUCAACACCGAGAGUUUAUCCCUCACACCGCAACUGACGUGAAUGGAUUAGGUGACUAGCGUCAUCUGGCAAUUGAAAGAUGAAGUAGUUUUCAAUCCUAAUAGCAGUAUUAUUUAUAUUUAAAAAUAUUAAAAUAUUACUAAAAGAUUUUUAAAUUGAAAACUUAUUGGUCCAUUUUCUUGGUAACACCUCCAUGGCUUCUAAAAUUUGCAAGCCAGAUGGAUGCUGAAGCGAAGAAGACAAGAGGGAAUUCAAAAAACUUACAAUUCACGACCCCGUCUGUUCAGCUGGUAAAUUCCAACAGAAAAUGGACCUAAGUUACUCAAAUAAAACUAAAAUAA